CGGAAGCUUCGGCAUGUGGAUGGAUGUCUGCAGCAGUUCAACACUUCAGCGAGUGGAACAAACGCCUAAAGGCUGUUUUUUGUGUUUUUAAGUGCACAAGGUUAAAUAGGGGGCGGACAGGUGGCACGUGCCUGAGAAUCUCUAGCUUUUCAUUGGCGUUAUUGAUGAACUGGCACGAUGUGUAGUAACGAAUGCAACCAAUCACUGAUUAGUCAUCAUUGAUAGUUCCUGCUUCACUCCUUGCACUACUUUUGGAUCACAGUCUCACAUUCUUCUCACUUUCGGUCUCCUAACAUAUAAUUACAGCAGUUUUGAACCUCGCCUUUAUGAAUUAUGAAACACGCGUGUUGUGGGUCCCCCCAUUUGUGUUAUUGUUUUCAGCUUUAAAAAUGCCAUUUUAAAUGAUCACCCAUUCUUUUGGCGGGGUUAAUAUCGCAGUUUACGUCAAUAGCGGUAAUCCGAUUACUGUAACGCUACCAGCAGAGGUAGCGGAUGCGCGCCGUGCGCUCUGGAGUCUCCAUAAAAGUUAGUGCGCACGGAGCGGAGCUGUCAGACUGCGAGGAGACGCGGCUGAGCAAAGACUGUGGGCUGAAGUGACUAAUGGGAUCCACCUCACGCCAUCUGAAGAGUGCGAGCUGAUAUCACGGGUGACUAUCACCCGCCUAAUGCGCACAACAGGACCCAUUUGAACCUAAUAAGACACAGCUGAGCAGGCUUUCGUCGGGUUUGUGGACUAUCGGGAUUAAAACAAAGGGUUUGGAUUCAGGAGACUCACCUCUGUGGUGGAUGAGGUGCCAUCGCCGCUCUUUUAAAAAGACGAAUAAUCGAGAGCAAUAAGCCUGUUCGAGUUCAUCCGGAGGGGCAAGAAAAGCCACCACUCCCGGGUUUUUUUUGUUUUUUUUUUUCGUUUUGUUUUUUUUUCAUCCAGGACGCAAAUGUCUCCAGAGCACAGGGACGUCACUGGAUUGUAACACCAGUAGCCUCACCGAUGGUUUAACAGGGCGUUAAGGUGCGGGAAGGGAGUGGGACAACUACAGGAUGAGUGAGCCAUACCCGCAGAUCGGAAGCAAAGGAGCUCUACUUCUAAUGGUGCUUGUCAUGAGCGUCUGGGAGAUGUCUGCACCAGCAGAAGCAACAACAGCCCACCAUGUUCGAACAGGCACCUGCGAGGUGGUGGCGUUGCACCGCUGCUGCAACAAGAACAAAAUUGAGGAGCGGUCGCAAACUGUGAAGUGCUCCUGCUUUCCCGGACAAGUGGCAGGCACCACCAGAGCUGCCCCAUCGUGUGUAGAUGCGUCAAUAGUGGAGCAGAAGUGGUGGUGUCAGAUGCAUCCGUGCCUUGAUGGGGAGGAAUGCAAAGUUCUUCCCGAUCUGAAAGGUUGGAGCUGUGCUACAGGAAACAAGAUCAAAACCACUAAGAUUUCUGCUGACAGAGACCAGCUUUGGUAACGUCAGAUGCUUCACAGCGGAGUCCAGGUUGAACCCACAGUUCUGGCCCGCGGGAUCAUCAAAGGAGAAGAGAGUAAUGCAAAGGACCUUUCUGUAAAUAGAGACAUCCUUUCUUCUGGAGUGCAGUUAAUCUUUGGAAAACUUUGAAUGCUUCUUCCUGAACUCUAUGGACAUCAAAAAGAGGAGCAGAUCCCAUUAAAAGUACUGAUUAUUCAGCACUCCUUUUCAAAGAACUCCAUAUGACUAGCCUUACCGGACAACAGGAUUUAAUCUGACAUUGUACUGCUUGUAGUGGAAUACAACGGUGAACUUUGCCUAUAUGUUAUUUAUAGAGUAAUACCUCGUUCACAGGAGAUUUGCUUUGGUUUUUUUGCAUCACAUGUUGUCCAGGGUGAACAGCAGGUCAGUAUGUCGUAUAAGCAUUGCAAAUAUCGAACACAAAAUGUAUUGUGGCUUUCUUCUCUAACAGAGUGUAGUUUGAAAAGUUUAAUAUGGGUUAAAUAUAUUUAAAUGGGGUGGUUUUCAAAGAGAUACACAGCCACAGUCAAGAGGAAUUCAACCCAAACGCUAAAACAAGGACAUGUUACACGAAACCAGCACUUUUAAAAAAAUGGCACCAACUGGUCAAACCUACCAGCUGUUACCAGACAGCAAGAGGAAUCCAUGUGUGGUCUGAAGGUCCUCUGAAAAUCAUCCUGUCAUUUCAUGCCACUUUUAUCAGUUUAAAAAAAAAUAUUAUUUAUUAUUAUUAUUAUUAUUAUUAUUAUUAUUAUUAUUAUUAUUAUUAUUAUUAUUAUUAUUAAUCUUUUUUGGAAUAUGGCUCGGGAGUUCAGAUUUUUGACAAGAGUGUAGUGUAAAUUAAACACAGCAUCUGACAGCAGCAGCGCUCCUGAAGCUGUUUUUAACUAGUUACUCAAGUAUGAUUUGCUGAUCACCUUUUAGUAGGUAUCGCUGACACUUCCGUUGUCUGUGCAAGUGAUGACAUCAGUAAUAAACUAUGGUUGUGUAACUAAA